AUGGCCACCGGAGCCGAAACGCUUCAGCAAUUCUUUCCCGCGACAUCCCGACCGCUGAUAUGCAAUGCACCGAUGGCGGGUGCGACAAAUGCCAGAAUGGCAGUAGCAGUAGCCAAGGCUGGGGGGUUAGGUCUUAUUGGCGGCGGAGCCGACUUCACUGCGUCAUCCCCGGAGCUGGCAAAUCUCCGGCAACAAUUGGUCUACGCCAGGGAGCUCCUUGAUGUUGUCGACUCGAAUGCACCCCUACCCAUUGGAAUCGGCUGUCUCACAAUGAAGUCCGACACGUGGAAGGAUAACUUUGUCCAGCUUGUUAAUGAACAUCGACCCGUGGCGGCCUGGCUGUUUGCCUACACCCACCGGUCGCAGCACACGGAGCUUAUUCAGGCAUUGCAGAGCACAGGCAGAAACUGGGGACUCAAAGUGAUUGUUCAGGUUGGCACUGUAGAGAGUGCUAGAGAAGCCAUCGACGAUGGGGCCGAUAUUCUAUCUGUUCAAGGAUCCGAUGCCGGUGGCCAUCAAUUCAAGCAGGGAGCUGGUUUGAUGACCUUGCUUCCGGAUGUAGCGGAUAUGGUAAGAAGAGAAUAUCCAGAGAAGAGCAUCCCACUUCUGGCAGCUGGAGGAAUCAUGGAUGGUAGGGGAGUCGCAGCUGCCUUGAUGUUAGGCGCAAGUGGAAUUGUGAUGGGGACAAGAUUUUUAUGCACAACGGAAUGCCCUGUGUCGGACCAGAUCAAGGCCACUUUGAUUGCCACCCAUGAUGGCGCUUCCUCAACGUUGAAAUCCCGCGUACAUGAUGAGAUUCAAGGCAAGGCUGAAUUUUGGCCUAUCCAAUAUUCCGGGCGCGCGAUUGUGUCUGACGUCCACCGGAAAUGGGAUGCUGAGUUGGCCAAGCACAAGAAUCUGGAGCUCAGAGCGUCUCCGGCUAUCGUUUGGGCUGGCGCUGGAGUUGGACAGAUUGAAUCUGUCGUCGACGCAGGCACUUUGGUGACAAAUACACAAGCACAGGCCAGGCAAUGGAUUCAAGCAUUCAAAACUUGA